UGAACGCAUCGUCAGUCCGGACCAGGGGGCGUAGGUUUGACCGGCUUCUCGGAGCUCAGACACAAUGAACCGUCAGACGGUGAGAGGCACGCAUGUGGGGCCGAGGACAUUGACACACUUUUAGCACAUUAUCAUUCUUAUUUUGCACCUUUUCUUUGAUUUACUUUGUAAUUUACUAACUACUGAUACACUGUAUGGCGGUUACAAGGCUUGGCUGGAAACGGUUGCUUCGUCGAGUUUGAUGAAAACGAGGUCUGGAUCAGACAGCCGUUAGCCCCUCCUGGUGGAUUUGGUCGUUAUUUUUUUCCAAGCAAACAACACAAGGCAGAUAACAAUGUCGUUGACUGCUUCGUCUGAUUAUUUCGCCGCUGAGUGUCUGGUGUCGAUAUCCAGCGGUCCAGUCCUGCACAGACCCACCCCGGUCGCCCCCGCCAGUCAGCCUGCCCCGGUGGGCCUGCUCCCCGGGGAGCCCGACGGGUCGAAUGAGGACAGGGAAGUGCGCGAGACGCUGAGGCUGGAGGGGGCCAACAUGAUGGCGGUGGCCGGUAUCCUCACUGACCUGCACGUCAAGUUCCGCCCCAUGUCGGCCUACUCGGAGAGCAGCAACUCCUCGUGCGGAGGAGAGAGCGGCUACACCACGUUGUCCGACCCCACCACCCCGACCAUGACCCCCUCCGCCACGCCGGUGCCCGGACAGCAGCAGCAGCAGCAGCUGAGGGGGGGAGGAGGUGGAGGCGUGGGGGCCCCGCGCUCCCCAGUGAAGCGACACCAGUGUACUUUUGACGGAUGCGACAGAGUUUACGGGAAAUCGUCCCACCUGAAGGCACACAUCCGGACACACACAGGUGAGAGGCCCUUCCCGUGUACCUGGCCUGAAUGUGAGAAAAAGUUUGCCCGCUCUGACGAGCUCGCCCGCCACACUCGCACCCACACAGGGGAGAAACGCUUCCUGUGCCCACUGUGCGACAAGCGCUUCAUGCGCAGCGACCACCUGAUCAAGCAUGCCCGCCGCCAUCCCGACUUCCAGCCCUCCAUGUUGGGACGCAACAAGGGCUCCUCUUCCAGCCUCAACAUGCACCAUUAGGAUGGCCCCGAGUCGUGGAGCACAGAAGGUCACGGUGGUUUCAAGUCAACCAGCUACAAUCAGAUCCAAUGAUUAGGAUUUGGCAUAUCUGUGCUGAACACAAAAAAAUGUGCACAUAACACACAUACACAAGCCAACACACACAGAGCUGGAUGUGAGGGGAAUGUAGCCUCAUCUCUCCAUCCACAUGAAUGAGUCAUGUGACCACUAUCCACCUGCUCAACAUAACUAGGGUUGGGUAUCAAGACAGUUCUAAAGACCUGGUGAUUUGUAAAAGAAAUGUGCUUUUAGAUUCCUCAAAUCAUUUCCUGAAAGCAAAUUUUGGACCUACUUCUCGGCUUCUAUUUACAAUACUGGUUCCUUGUGUGUAAAAGCAGGUGUGUAAUGUUUACAAAAUGAAGCCAGGGAAAAGAGCCAGUCUAAUAUAGUAACACAUUUAUUCUAAAAUGAUGUCAGAAUGCAGCAUUUGAAGCCCUGUAUGAGACAAGAGACACGAACAGGUGCAACCUUUUUAUAAUUCAAAUGCAUAGAUGGGAAGAUUUUUGGUUGGUCCAUUAAAUGCAGGACAGAUUAAGGUACUACAUCACAUUGAUGCAAAACAAUUCUGUAAAACCAUUUAUGCCACAGAGCAGUCCUGUUGAUUUGUAACAUUACCCUCAGUGGCUCUAACACCAUAGAAAGUAAAAAAACAGUGUUAUCAAUGGGACACAACAGAGAAGCUCCUUUUUCUUUUUUAACUAUAAACAUAUCACAAAAAUAGUUUGUUAUCUAUUACCUGUUUAUGGCAGCCUAAAUCGUAUGAGAAUAAAUGUGUUUUUUGCAUUUCAACAUACUUGUUUUUCGUUUCUCACUCAGGAUUUGAUUGGAUACGGAAUCUUAAAGCAGAUUUGAUCCAGAAGUAGAAGCCCAACCCUAUAAAAACCUCACUAUCUCAACAUGAAACACUUUCACAAAUUGCAGGGAUUUUUUUCACAUUAUCUGUAAUAGUCUGCACAUUCAUCAUCAGCCAAAAUCCCCCUGUUUUCUUGUCCAGUUUGUAGAUUGUUGUUGUGCUCUUAAGUACCAUUUCUUUACCAUGAGUAGCACAAUGUUUGAUGUUUGGUAGCGAGGCAGUGGCUUAGAAGUCUUUUAUCUUUUUUUAAUUAUUAUUCUAAGGCUUUGCUGAUUCCAUAUAGAAGUUUUAGUGGUGAUACAUUCCUUUUAUUUUUUAUUGCAUUAGUAACCAUCAAUGACGCAAUUUGUUAAUAUUUUUCUUGUGUAUUAACUGUAGAUCAAAUAUAAAUUUUGCCAGAAGGUGGCUCAAACUUCACUGUAGAAGAGCUGUUUGCACGGCAAGCCUCAGUCUAGAUCACUCAUUAUCCAUGAAAUGCUGACACAUAAUACACAGUAGUAUUAUGUCUAAUACUGAUGCAAAUGUAUAUAAGCUUUAAGCUUUUAAUGUAGAAAAAUGGCAAUGCUACUAGCAGGAGAAUUAAUACUUGUGAUGAAUUGUAGUCCUUAUAUUAGGGGUAACAGUAUACGCUUGAUAGGAUGGCAUUGCCUGUGAGUGUCGGUGUGUAUGUGCUUUUUAUUUACUUUUUUUUUCUGACAGAUCUGGAAGAAGUGUGUAUGCAAUUGUAUCAAAUAUUUUGGGAAAAAAAGACAUAAGUUAAGCUUGACUUUCAGCCUGCUGCCUUCAGAAUAAAAGCGUUCAUUACACUUGUCAGGACAGAAGAGUGCAUUUCAUGAUCAGGGAUUUCAGGUAAAAACAGUUUCAAAUCUUGAAACAAAAUCAGUGUAGAAACAUUAUAUCAAGGAAAUUCAGGAAAUAUGACAUCAGAAGUCUCUAUUGUGGUAGACAUGUUGCAGUAACACAGGUGAAACCAAUAUAAAAAAUAAUGGCUCAGUUCUCUGAAGGUGUGUAAAUAAACCAGCAGGAUGAAUACUAUGAGGGUGGGAGACACUGGAGACGACACAGCCAUUAUAGGUACUAUUUGUUACACUUGUGUUUAAGUCAACAUGUUCAUUGUGAUGAGGAAAUGUUAAAAUGUUGGAAAGAAUAGCAACUUUUUUUCAACAUAUGAAUUAAUCUCGAGAAAAAAAAUGUUACCAAAAUAUUCUAACAUCAGCCAAAAAGUCUAAUACCACAUGUUUUUCCACUCCAAAAAAACAAUUUAGAUAUUUAGGCUGUAUUUGAGUACACACAGUGUUGGUGUCUGAUUGUAGAGAGCUUGGUUUUUUUCCUCCUGUUUCCACACUGUUUGUCCAGGUCACGGACACGUUCCUUUAUCUCAGAGAAAAACACUUCUUCAGGAAAAUCUUAAAGCCUUAAACUAUGUCAUAACUACUUUGCACCAUGUUUACAGUUGAAUCAUUGUAUAGGUUUAUAUGCCCACCUGUGGGCUCAUGACAGAUACUCAUUAUGCAAUGCAGCACUUUUUUUCUUACAGUUGUGUUUGGCUGAAUAGUGUAACUGCUUGCACUGUUACUAUGCUUCUACGAGCGCGAGCACUGUGGAACUUUGCUAGUGUGUUGAGAACCAAUGGUUUAUAAAACUGCCUUUUUUGUCCAAGUGCUUCAGAGGGCGUGUUGAAAGAAACUGGCUAGUUGUUUUUUUAUUUGAUUUAUUUUUUAGUGUGUGCUUAGUCAUCCAGGCCAUCUCUCACUGUGGAAUUUGUGUUUGUUUUUGUUUGUUUUCUUCAAAGAAAAGUGCUGAAUUUGUGUUUCCACAUUGUUGUUUCUCUCCUCCACACUGAAGUCAAGGAAAAAAGUCGUCAUCCAUCUGUUGCACCAUCCACAUCGACAUUUCCACUGUUGAUCUCAUUUUUUUGUGGGAGCUGUUCUCUUUGAAAAUGUGUACACAUUUCUUCUUCAGAGUUUCAAUCUGUUUACGGUUUUGGGGUUGCUGCUGGCAGUAACCUUGAACGCUUGGACUGCUUAACAAAAGGGACACACUCUUGUUUUUUUUACUUCUUCAAAUGGACAUAUUCUCUCAUCACCUCUCAUGGAUGAGAGCAUCUUCUCACACUGACUCUAUCCGGGUCUAAAGCUAUAAAAUCACAAUAAGAACAUACCUCACUCAUUUUGUUUGCGGUGUCUGUACAGAAUCCAUCCAUACUGUCUCUCAGAAAUAUAAAGCCACUGAGCCUUGGAUUUCAGAAAUGUGUUUUUAAUCACCUUAGAUGGUCUGUUGUAUAUCCUUCCCUUCCUCAUGUCUGAAUAUGCAAGAUCACUACUACCUGUGUAGCAGAACUUCCUACUCCCUGCCUCCAUGAAAUCUGUUGCCAUUGGACA